AUGAAUGAGUCUACCAACGACCUCUGGGUGACGACAUGGAACUACAACGAGGUCCAAUACUCAAGUUUGAUAGCACGAAACAUCGACAUCUCCGUUGACGGCUCCUACGCCUGGACCAUCGGCAUUCCAUCUUCCCAGCUCUCCAAGUCAGCCAAGUACGUCCUACGCUUUAAGAAGCCAGGCACCGUCUACAAGGCCGCCACCGUCGAGCUCUCCUCUCCAGCCUUCCUCAUCCUCGCCGGGGAGGCCGCCGCACCGUCUUCCGCCCACAGCAGCAGCAGCAGCAACCUCAUCUGUCUCAUCAACAUCACCUUCCCCAUCAUCAUCCCCAUCAUCAUCCCCAUCAUCAUCCCCAUCCACAUCCCCGUCACCUUCACCUUCACCUUCACCUUCAUCGUCCCCAUCCCCAUCACCAUCCUCAUCACCAUCCCCGUCACUAUCAACAACUCCUGCAUCAGCGUCAACAGCAACGUCUUCAUUCCCCACCAGCACCACCGCCUUCCAUCGUCGUUGCGCUAG